AUGACCGACCUCUUAAGAAGUGUUGUCACCGUCAUUGAUAUUUUCUACAAAUACACCAACAAAGAUGGGGAAUGUGGCACACUAAGCAAGGAUGAGCUAAAGGAACUUCUAGAAAAAGAGUUUCGGCCAAUUCUGAAGAACCCAGAUAAUCCAGACACGGUGGAGGUCAUUAUGCAUAUGCUGGAUCGAGAUCAUGACCGAAGACUGGACUUUACUGAGUUUCUUCUGAUGGUAUUCAAGCUGGCUAUGGCCUGCAACAACGUUCUUAGCAAAGAAUACUGCAAAACUUCAGGGUCAAAGAAGCAGAAGCGUAGUCAUGGUCACCAACACCAAAAGAAAGAAGGUGAAACAGAAGAAGAAGAUGAGAAUACAUCUGAACAGAAAUCAGGUUGGAGUGAGGGAGAGGAGCAUGGUUCUGAGGGCUUGAGGGGAACUGCGAAACAUAGACAUAGGUCCCACUCCAGAAGGCUGGGAAGGGAAGGUAGUUUAUCUAGCUCAGAGAAACAAGAGGGAUUUGAGAAAAGGCGCCAUGGGUCUAGCUCUGGCCACGCAGUUAGCCCCUCUAGGGAAUCUGGGGAGGAAUAUGAAUCUGAAUCUGGAUUUAAGAGUGGGGAAAGAAAAGGUCAUGAUGGUCUGUCAUAUGGAUUAGAGGCUAUUGCUUUUAGCUCUAAAGGUUCAGGAGAUAGUGGGAGACAAAGCUAUGCAUGUGAUUCCAUCAACUCAAGUGGGUGUGGAGGAAGACAAAAUGUUUCCAGCUCCUGUCAGGCAGGCAGAUAUGGAGGGCAAGGAAAUAAAUCUAGCUGUAUUCAGUCAGGCUGUCAAUCACGAAAUAGUGGAGGACAAAGCCAGAGAUGCAUCUCAAGAGGUCAGUCCUCUGGAUAUGGCCAAUGUAGGCCUCGCUCCUGUAGCCCAUCUUCUUGUCAUAGAAGAAGACAUAGAUCCCCAUCAUGUUGUCAACCACAGAACUGUUGUCAACCACAGAACUGUUGUCAACCACAGAACUGUGGAAGACAACAGGGAAGAAGAUCAAGACAGUCCUCUUGUGGUAGCCAAUAUGGGUCUGGAGCAAGUCAUUCUUCUAAUUGUGGUCAACAGGGAAGAAGAUCAAGACAGUCCUCUUGUGGUAGCCAAUAUGGGUCUGGAGCAAGUCAGUCUUCUAAUUGUGGUCAACAGGGAAGAAGAUCAAGACAGUCCUCUUGUGGUAGCCAAUAUGGGUCUGGAGCAAGUCAGUCUUCUAAUUGUGGUCAACAGGGAAGAAGAUCAAGACAGUCCUCUUGUGGUAGCCAAUAUGGGUCUGGAGCAAGUCAGUCUUCUAAUUGUGGUCAACACGGGUCUGGCUCAGGUCAGUCCUCUGGUUAUGGCCAACAUGGCUCUGGCUCAGGUCAGUCCUCUGGUUAUGGCCAACAUGGAUCUGGCUCAGGUCAGUCCUCUGGUUAUGGCCAACAUGGAUCUGGCUCAGGUCAGUCCUCUGGUUAUGGCCAACAUGGAUCUGGCUCAGGUCAGUCCUCUGGUUAUGGCCAACAUGGAUCUGGCUCAGGUCAGUCCUCUGGUUAUGGCCAACAUGGAUCUGGCUCAGGUCAGUCCUCUGGUUAUGGCCAACAUGGAUCUGGCUCAGGUCAGUCCUCUGGUUAUGGCCAACAUGGAUCUGGCUCAGGUCAGUCCUCUGGUUAUGGCCAACAUGGAUCUGGCUCAGGUCAGUCCUCUGGUUAUGGCCAACAUGGAUCUGGCUCAGGUCAGUCAUCCAGCCAUGGCCAACACGGAUCUGGCUCAGGUCAGUCCUCAGGCUUUGGACAACACAAGUCUGGAUCAGGCCAGUCCUCAGGCUUCAAACAACACGGGUCUAGCUCAGGUCAGUCCUCAGGCUCUAGAAAACACAGGUCUAGCUCAGGUCAGUCCUCAGGCUCUGGAAAACACAGGUCUAGCUCAGGUCAGUCAUCUGGCCAUGGUCAAUAUGGAUCUGGCUCAGGUCAGUCCUCAGGCUCUAGACAACACGGGUCUAGCUCUGGUCAGUCAUCUGGUUUUGAACAAUAUGGAUCUGGCUCAGGUCAGUCAUCCAGCCAUGGCCAACAUGGAUCUGGCUCAGGUCAGUCUUCAGGCUUUGGACAACACAAGUCUGGAUCAGGCCAGUCCUCAGGCUUCAAACAACAUGGGUCUAGCUCAGGUCAGUCCUCAGGCUCUAGAAAACACAGGUCUAGCUCAGGUCAGUCCUCAGGCUCUGGAAAACACAGGUCUAGCUCAGGUCAGUCAUCUGGCCAUGGUCAAUAUGGAUCUGGCUCAGGUCAGUCCUCAGGCUCUAGACAACACGGGUCUAGCUCUGGUCAGUCAUCUGGUUUUGAACAAUAUGGAUCUGGCUCAGGUCAGUCAUCCAGCCAUGGCCAACACGGAUCUGGCUCAGGUCAGUCUUCAGGCUUUGGACAACACAAGUCUGGAUCAGGCCAGUCCUCAGGCUUCAAACAACACGGGUCUAGCUCAGGUCAGUCCUCAGGCUCUGGAAAACACAGGUCUAGCUCAGGUCAGUCCUCAGGCUCUGGAAAACACAGGUCUAGCUCAGGUCAGUCAUCUGGCCAUGGUCAAUAUGGAUCUGGCUCAGGUCAGUCCUCAGGCUCUAGACAACACGGGUCUAGCUCUGGUCAGUCAUCUGGUUUUGAACAAUAUGGAUCUGGCUCAGGUCAGUCAUCCAGCCAUGGCCAACAUGGAUCUGGCUCAGGUCAGUCUUCAGGCUUUGGACAACACAAGUCUGGAUCAGGCCAGUCCUCAGGCUUCAAACAACAUGGGUCUAGCUCAGGUCAGUCCUCAGGCUCUGGAAAACACAGGUCUAGCUCAGGUCAGUCCUCAGGCUCUGGAAAACACAGGUCUAGCUCAGGUCAGUCAUCUGGCCAUGGUCAAUAUGGAUCUGGCUCAGGUCAGUCCUCAGGCUCUAGACAACACGGGUCUAGCUCUGGUCAGUCAUCUGGUUUUGAACAAUAUGGAUCUGGCUCAGGUCAGUCAUCCAGCCAUGGCCAACAUGGAUCUGGCUCAGGUCAGUCUUCAGGCUUUGGACAACACAAGUCUGGAUCAGGCCAGUCCUCAGGCUUCAAACAACAUGGGUCUAGCUCAGGUCAGUCCUCAGGCUCUGGAAAACACAGGUCUAGCUCAGGUCAGUCAUCUGGCCAUGGUCAAUAUGGAUCUGGCUCAGGUCAGUCCUCAGGCUCUAGACAACACGGGUCUAGCUCUGGUCAGUCAUCUGGUUUUGAACAAUAUGGAUCUGGCUCAGGUCAGUCAUCCAGCCAUGGCCAACAUGGAUCUGGCUCAGGUCAGUCUUCAGGCUUUGGACAACACAAGUCUGGAUCAGGCCAGUCCUCAGGCUUCAAACAACAUGGGUCUAGCUCAGGUCAGUCCUCAGGCUCUGGAAAACACAGGUCUAGCUCAGGUCAGUCCUCAGGCUCUGGAAAACACAGGUCUAGCUCAGGUCACUCAUCUGGCUUUGGACAACACGGGUCUAUCUCAGGUCAGUCAUCUGGCCAUGGUCAAUAUGGAUCUGGCUCAGGUCAGUCCUCAGGCUUCAAACAACAUGGGUCUAGCUCAGGACAGUCAUCUGGUUUUGGAAAACAUGGGUCUGGCUCAGGUCAGUCCUCAGGCUCUGGAAAACACAGGUCUAGCUCAGGUCAGUCCUCAGGCUCUGGAAAACACAGGUCUAGCUCAGGUCAGUCAUCUGGCUUUGGAAAACACAGGUCUAGCUCAGGUCAGUCAUCUGGCCAUGGUCAAUAUGGAUCUGGCUCAGGUCAGUCCUCAGGCUCUAGACAACACGGGUCUAGCUCUGGUCAGUCAUCUGGUUUUGAACAAUAUGGAUCUGGCUCAGGUCAGUCAUCCAGCCAUGGCCAACACGGAUCUGGCUCAGGUCAGUCUUCAGGCUUUGGACAACACAAGUCUGGAUCAGGCCAGUCCUCAGGCUUCAAACAACACGGGUCUAGCUCAGGUCAGUCAUCUGGCCAUGGUCAAUAUGGAUCUGGCUCAGGUCAGUCCUCAGGCUUCAAACAACAUGGGUCUAGCUCAGGACAGUCAUCUGGUUUUGGAAAACAUGGGUCUGGCUCAGGUCAGUCCUCAGGCUCUGGAAAACACAGGUCUAGCUCAGGUCAGUCAUCUGGCUUUGGAAAACACAGGUCUAGCUCAGGUCAGUCAUCUGGCCAUGGUCAAUAUGGAUCUGGCUCAGGUCAGUCAUCCAGCCAUGGCCAACACGGAUCUGGCUCAGGUCAGUCUUCAGGCUUUGGACAACACAAGUCUGGAUCAGGCCAGUCCUCAGGCUUCAAACAACACGGGUCUGGCUCAGGUCAGUCCUCAGGCUCUGGAAAACACAGGUCUAGCUCAGGUCAGUCCUCAGGCUCUGGAAAACACAGGUCUAGCUCAGGUCAGUCAUCUGGCCAUGGUCAAUAUGGAUCUGGCUCAGGUCAGUCCUCAGGCUCUAGACAACACGGGUCUAGCUCAGGUCAGUCAUCUGGUUUUGGAAAACAUGGUUCUGGCUCAAGGCAGUCCUCAGGUUUUGGACAACAUGGGUCCAGUUCAGGUCAGUCUUCUGGUUAUGAUCAACAUGGAUCUGGCUCAGGUCAGUCCUCUGGUUAUGGCCAACAUGGAUCUGGCUCAGGUCAGUCCUCUGGUUAUGGCCAACAUGGAUCUGGCUCAGGUCAGUCAUCCAGCCAUGGCCAACACGGAUCUGGCUCAGGUCAGUCCUCAGGCUUUGGACAACACAAGUCUGGAUCAGGCCAGUCCUCAGGCUUCAAACAACACGGGUCUAGCUCAGGUCAGUCAUCUGGCUUCAAACAACACGGGUCUAGCUCAGGUCAGUCAUCUGGCUUCAAACAACAUGGGUCUAGCUCAGGACAGUCAUCUGGUUUUGGAAAACAUGGGUCUGGCUCAGGUCAGUUGUCUGGCCAUGGUCAACACGGAUCUAGCUCAGGUCAGUCCUCAGGCUUUGGACAAAAGGGAUCUGGUUCAGGUCAGUCUUCUGGCUAUGGCCAAUAUGGGUCAGGUUCAACUCAGUCUUCUGGCUUUGACCAUCAACAAUCAGGUUCAGGACACUCCUCUAGCUCUGGAAAACGUAGAUCUGGUUCAGGUCAAUCUUCUGGCUUUGACCAGCAUGGGUCUAAAACAGGCCAAUCCAGCUCAGAAUAUCAUAGUGGAAGAAGGGGAUCUAGUCACAGUGAGUCCAGUGGCAGUGAAAGGCAUUACGGAGGCUCUCAGAAACACUCAGGGUCCAGUCAUGGCCAGGCUUAUGGACAGUCAGGAGACACCUACAAACAUGGGCAGGCAGGUCAAGGACAUUCCUCACAGUCAGGAUCUGGCAGAAGUGGAAGAAGGAGAUCUAGUCACAGUGAGUCCAGUGGCAGUGAAAGGCAUUACGGAGGCUCACAGGGACGGUCAGGGUCCAGUCAUGGCCAGGCUUAUGGACAGUCAGGAGACACCUACAAACAUGGGCAGGCAGGUCAAGGACAUUCCUCACAGUCAGGAUCUGGCAAAAGUGGAAGAGGGAAAUCUAGUCACAUGUUGGAGAGGUUGUGGAGGAAAGGGAACCCUCAAUUACCGCUGCUGGGACUGUAG